GCAUUCUCGUACACAAACCAAUGAGGUGGCGGGAUAGAGCGAUGUCUGUGUUUUAGGGCGGUCCGUCCGUAUACCCGAGACUGCGAAUCAUUUUUUUUUUUCAUUCCUACUUUACACCUGAUGUUUUCGUGUGUCUGUAUUUUUAUCAUCUCCCUUCUCUCCUAGGAGUCGCACACACACAUCGAGUGGAUGUGUUUUUUUUUCAUCCGUUCAAUUUGGUUGCAACGUCGUUUGCAUUUGUAAACACGCGACGUGCUAUUUUCAUCUGGCGGUUUCCAUGUGUUUAGCGAGGCAGAUCAUAACGUGCCUCGAUAGAAGCUACAUGCAGCAAUCACUUCGCAUUCAGGGAAGAUAUAGACAUCUCGGAAUAUUCAUUGACAUUCUGGUAUUGAUGUUCGCGAUUAGUGAAUGCGAUUAACUCACCUCAGAGAUCUUACAGCGGUGAAGAGCAAAACAAUAAAUUGUGAUCGAUAUCUAAUACCGCAGCUUACAAAACAUCGUCUGCUGCUCAGACUGUGACGGGGCAACGUCAAUCCUAGGCUAUUAUUUCUAGUCGGAUGUUGACAAUUUACCUGGUGAAAAUUAGGGUUGAACCAUAUUGACCUUCGCAUCAGGAAUUAUUUCCUCCAUUUAUCUCAUCUAAUUUUCACGUCAAAGACCAUCAUCAUCAGGAGCUCUGUCAGAGGUCUCUAAAGCAAGGUUCCCGAAUUGAGCAUUCUUGUUUUUUAGUGGUGAUCCCUGCAUCGUUUUUAGCAUGUUAAACGAAAAGGAAAUUAAAACUGUUUUCGGAAAGGAGGUGUACAUGGCAGACUCCAUAUUGAAACGCAGGUGGAGAAAGGGGCGUUACGAGUACUUCGUGAAGUGGCAUGGCUGGCAAAGCAAAUUCAAUACGUGGGAACCAGAAACCAAUAUUCUCGACAAGCAGCUGAUCUGGGCUUUCGAACAGGAGCUCGAAAAGCAUCGUAUUCGACGUGUAAGUUUAAGAAGUGGAAGGACUACCACCAAGAAGUACUCUCAGCUUAUUCCUGAGCCGGUUUUCCUGGGACAAGAACAGACGUUGAACAAUGAGAAAGCAUCUGUAUACAGAUUACUGCAAGGUGAGGAAUCGCGCCCAACUCAUCAGCACAACCACUACCACAACCAGCAACAACAUCAUCAUCAACAUCGCCUUCAAAAGUCCAACCGACUAUCCUCCACAAGCACAAAACCUCCUCGCCGCAUUAAAGCACACCGCCGAAACUCAUCUCGCAAAACGCCGAGCGCUGGCCACGUCUCGAAACCCAGUCCGCAUCAUCGGGCACCAACUCAUUUCACGCCUGCAAAGAAUAACUCUGCCUCUCCUCCAAUUGUCGAUAAAGGUCAGGAGAGCAGCCAAGAGCACUUGACAAGAAAUUUGACGAGCGACGACAUUUACCAACAGAAAGAACGGAAGACCCCGCCAAUCGCAGAAACGUACAAACCCGAGUUGGACUGCCUACGCAGGAUCAAGUUCAAAUUGAGCUGGAGGUAUGAUAACAUCGAUUCAACGACCGAGAGCGCGGGUAAACCGGGAGAAAACAUGGAAAUGGAUACACCGACAGACGAUAAGACACAAGUUUAUGAUCACGUGAUAUCGACGUCAACGGAUUUGUCAAUGUCGGAGUGCAAGGUUGGCGAAGAAAGAAAAGGAAGUGAGGAAGAAAUCGGUGAAGAAGUAGCGGAGGAAGGGGUUUUGAUUGAUGGCGAGGUGCAACAGCUUGAAUUGUGUGCGACGACGGAUGGCGGGAAGAACUGCGAAGGAGUCGAUGACGCUCAACAAUCGCUAGAGGCGACAAGUCAAAGUGUGGGCAUUAGGCAGAUGAUGACGUCAUUUACCACGCUUUACAACAGCACGAAUGACAAUGACCCAAGGGUUGUAGAAGAGAUGGCGGAAGAUGAAAACACGACCUUGUUUUCUCAAUACGUUUCGUCACCCAUGGAGGUGAUGUACCAUGACUCUGCCGCGUAUUCCAACCAAAUCUCGGAUUCAGAACAGCGCCAGUCGACAAAAUCACACGAUGACGUCACAAUGACCGCCUACACGAAUCAGGGCACCAAGAGAUGGCCAGAUACGACCAGCAAAAGCUAUUUGAAAAACUCAAAUGUCGAAGGCUCUAAUGGUAAUGAAAUGGGUUCUUUCGAAAUAAAGACGGAACUCAUCGACGAAGGUUUUGUGGAUUCAAACAACAAUAGUGAAUUCGUCAUGGAUAUGAAUAUUCAUUAGCGGGCGUUCUUUCUGGAGCCAACUACGAUAAUCAUUACCAAAGAUUACCAUUGAUUGAGGAUUCAUCUGAAUAUGAAGAACGACAGCGCAUCUCUGAUAUUCUACCUUUCAUUCCAUCGUUUAUUUAUAAGACGAGUAUUAUAUGUUUGAUGAUUAGCUCAACAUUUCCUUCGUACAUUCCAAGUUGUAUCAAGACGUAGAUCGGCAUUCCCCUCUAUCACUUCAGAGAGUCUUGUUAACUGCCUCGAUGAAUGAUAAUUUUUAAUGAAAUUAGGCUUAUACGGUGCAAUUUUGAAAAGAGAAGUGGGAAUAGAUGGUAAAAGACUAAUAGUUCUAUGGGGUUCACAAUAGGUGUAAUUUCCAACAGCGUAAGAGUAAUUUGAAAUGAUGUUUGCCAAAACUAUUAUUUUUUGAUUCGGGAAAACUGAAAAGUUUAUAAAACGGAGGAUUAUAGCGCAUAUUUCAAGAAUGUACCGAAAGGGAUAAACAACUGUUUAUCAAAUGACAUUGCCAAAGCACAUUUACACUUCGGAAAUAACGUAACGUUCCCGAGAACAUUAAUACUAGAACAGGAUUUAUUGAGGGAAAACUGGUCAAUCAAAUCAAUAUUUUCUUUCACGCAUGCGGUUACACUAACUUCCCCGUAUACCUUUAAUACGAAGUUUUCGCCAUUGCAACAAGACGGAUUCUAGAACAUAGUAAAUGCAUUGAAAAUGCCCGUCAAAUCACAAUGAACAGCUGAGAGGUCUUUGUCGAAAAAUGGUGAACCGGGAGAGCAGAUCAUCCUAAGAUCCGGAGGGCGUUUCAUCAAUAUUUUCGUCCGACAAGUUGUCAGAUCUGACAACUUUCCUGGAUUCUGAUUGGUUGAGAAG